GGUGUGUGUGACUGGGGCGUGGCGUCAGCGUCGGCGUCGGAAGCAACGCCAGCCGACGCUGUCGACGACGACGCCGACAGCAGCAGCAGCAGCUUGAGGAAGAGGGAGCUGGUGGUGGGUCCCAGGGAGGAGGAGGCCGAGAUGAUCACGCCGGAGGAACAGAACAACACGGAGGUGGUGGCCCAGCUUGGCGGCACGGCCACUAUCAAGUGUUACACUCACUUCCUUGGUGAUGAGAUGGUGACGUGGAUGAAGAGGGACGAGGACCAGCUGCUGACAGCGGGAGGUGAAGUGUACUCAUCCGAGGCCCGCUACUCUGUGGCUCACGUCAGACACCAGAGGCUGUGGGAACUGUCGCUGAGGGACGUGAGGACGAGUGACGGAGGCCUCUAUGAGUGUCAGCUGACCACUCACCCUCCAGCCUCUCUCUUCUUCACUCUCAAGGUCGUAGAAGCACGAGCAGUGGUCGCGGGCGGCCCUGACAUCCACGUCCACACGGGGGUCAAACUCACCCUCCACUGCACGGUGGAACUGGCCACCGAACCGCCCGACUACAUCUUCUGGUUCCACAACGACACGAUGGUCAACUACUCCCCAACGAGGCCCUUGAAGGUCGUCAACCACCAAUUCGCCAGUUCCCUGACCAUCGCCAAUGUUACGUGGGCGGACGCGGGCGCCUACAGGUGUGAGCCUCACCUGGCGCAGCCGGCCAACCUCACACUACAUGUGGUGGAAGGUAGUGUACUGGGGACCUGGUAG